AUGUCACAACCUGUUCAACGUGCCGCAACACGUUCUUUAAUUCAAAAAUACAUAAAUAAGGAAACAUUGAAAUAUGUGUUCACUACACAUUUCUGGGGACCUGUCUCCAAUUUUGGUAUCCCAAUUGCUGCCCUUUAUGAUUUGAAAAAAGACCAAACAUUGAUUUCGGGACCAAUGACUUUCGCAUUAGUCGCUUAUUCUGCUGUCUUUAUGAGAUAUGCAACAGCAGUCACACCGAAGAAUUAUUUAUUGUUUGGUUGUCAUUUCGUUAACGAAGUGGCUCAGUUAGCACAAGGUUAUCGAUUCAUCGAUUUCAAUUAUAUUAUGUCAGAAGAUCAAAGACAGGAAAUCCAUAGGAAACAUGAACUGGAAGAUGGUAAACCUGAAUAA